ACUUCUUUCGACAUUAGAAGGAACUUUCACAUCUCGCCAGGCUGUUGAGGCUGCAGAUACUGCAAAAUGGGGCUUCGCUUUAACCCUUCGGGGAGGAUUAUAUUAAUUUUAGCAUUUGUCUUCUUCCUGGGAUUCAAUGCACAAGGUAAACCAGUCAGAGGGAGGUAUAUGUGGGUGAGGUGCAAGCCCGGUGAGCACAACGCAAACUGUCAGACAGAGAAGGGCCCGUGGAUCGAUCUCCCCGACUCCAGAGCUAAAGACGGCCGGACAAACAGCAGGGCUGAAAAAAUCACGGAGCUGCUCCCCACAGAGGAGUUAUCUGGCGAUGGGUCAGGAGCGGCCCCCACUGAAAUCGGCUCUGGGGACCAAUGGCUGAUGGACGCUGGCGAAGCAAACAGUGGGGUCAUAACCGAGGAAGGAAGUGCACUCGAUUACGAGGAAAGCUCGCCGAAUAUGGAGCUCGAUUACUCUGAUUUCAUCUUCCCACGGAGAGUUCCGGUAAAGCAUCGCCACCCCCAGGAUUUGAAACCACGAGAAGAGAACUUAUUCCUGUAAAGCCACUGACUGUGCAGUGGAGGGUAACCCAGUUUUUAUGUCACGUGUGGUGCGAUAUUAAUACAUGCUCGUACAAUCCCUCUCAGGAUUUAAACAGUGAUUUUAUUUCCUUUUUAUGUUCUGUUUUAUUUUAAAUACUGUGUAUUGUUCAUAAUUUUCAGAUCCAUAAGUUUAUAUUUGAAGCACUCCAGCAUUUGUUGAGAAUAUAUUGUUAUACAUUAUUUUCAGUAAAAGUAUAUGCUGUAUUGUAUAAUAUUUUUUUUAAAGAUUUGUAUAACGAUAUAUGACUGAAUGUGAAAUUCUAGCUAGAAGUACAGUUACUGGCUAUACUGCACUCUAUUUUUUUACAUAUUUGGGAAAAGAAGCCAAUAUACUGUAGAUGUAUACAUACACUUUUUCAUUUAGGGACACAGAUGUGAGCAGAAGAUUAUGUAGCUUUAUGUACCAAAACCCAAAUGUGUCAGCAUUUAAACACAUUCAGUAUCUUAUCAAAAUUAAGGACAAGAGUUAAUUUACAUGCCUUCAUAUGCUGUCCUGCAACAGCUAAACUUGUUUUAUUGUUGCACUUAUUUAAAGAAUGAUAUAGACAGCAGUAUUUAUUUGGAACUGAAGUACUAUGUAAUUGAUACCAAAUUAUAUUUGUAUUUUCCUGAUUAUAUUUUUUAAUGUUACAUUAAUGUCUGAAAGACUGAAUACCAGAUACAUUCUUGCUUAUAAACACUGGUAAAAAUGAUUGAUUAAAAACCCAGUUUGUGAAAUUAAA